AUGAGUUGGGUAUCGAUCCUGAAAUAUCCUCUGUUGCUCGUUGUUGGCUUUAUAAUCCAAUUACUAUCCUACUUGUUGUCAACUCUCCUCUUCCUCGCAUCGCCAGUGAUCUACAUCGGACAUGUCUUCUUAUACCUGGCACUGCUUCCAUUGCGUAUCCUCGUGAUAUUAGAGGGAUUCAUCUAUUUCAUGACUGUGGCUGUGCUUGUCGGAGCCACUAUAGGCAUGAUCCUACAUUUUACCGGCAGCGUCAUAUCACAAUUCCUGCGGAUUGAAGAGUCAAAUGAGCCACGGCGACCUCGGGUGAAGCAAGAGCUUCUAUAUUCUGUGCCCCAAAAUCAUUCUUUCGACUAUCUAGCAGCGCAGCUGGAUGAUCGCAAGUUCCUGCCCUACUCGACGAUCUUGGAGGAGGAGGAGAACAGCUAUGAGUCAGGCUGA